AUGCAGCAGGGCCGGGAGGAGGAGGAGCUGGAGGAGGAGGAAGAGGGGGAUGGGGGCCCGGAGAGGGCUCUUGAGAAGAGCCCCUUCCAGCUAACUGCCGGAGAUGUCUAUGACAUCUCCUCUGUGGUGGGCCAGGACCUGCUGCAGCUCAGCGCAGGGCCGCAGAUGUCCGCCACCCUGGCCCGGCUGCAGUUCAGGAUCGUGAGGGUGCUGGAGAUGCUGGAAGCGCUGGUGAGCGAGAGCAGCCUCGCUGAGGAGCAGCUGCGGAUGGAGCGGGACAGCCUGCGGCGGGAGGUGGAGAAGCUGCGGGGAGAGGGGUCCCAAAGGAGCGCCCAGCAGCUCAGCCUUGGACCAGAUAAAAUGGUAAUAGACCUCACAGAUCCCAACCGCCCCAGGUUCACAUUGCAGGAGCUGCGAGAUGUAUUGCAAGAGCGUAACCAGCUGAAGGCUCAGCUUCUUGUGGUGCAAGAGGAGCUACAGUGCUAUAAGAGUGGGAUUAUCUCACAGGGAAAGGACCAAACUGAAGAACUGGAAAAAGAAGCCAGUGGCAGCAGCCCUGGCAUCAAAAAGGACAGUGAAGAGAAGACAAUCAUCAGACGGCUGUUCUCUUUUAGACAUGGAAAAUGA